CUCCUUUCACGCACAAAAAAUCACAGAUCAAACGAGUUGUUCCUCUCUCCUUCAACGAGCUUCUCCGUCGCACGAGCUUCUUCUUCUCCUUUCCUCACUCACAAUGCCACCGCCGCCACCCUAACCACCGCAGCUACCUUCUCCUUCUUCUUCUCUCUUUUAAACACUGAACCAGUGGAACACAGCCCCUGUCUCUCUCGUUCUUUCUCGUUCGCAGAACAAAUCAAGCUCAAGCUCCUAUUCUCUUCGUCUCAGGUGAGCUCCAGCACGCUGGUGCCACCUGUAGCAGCGUCUGUCCUCACCACCGCCGCGCCUCUCUCUCCUUUUAUCCCCACUCAGUUCUGGUUCGCAUAUUUUCUCAGCGCCGCAGCCAUCAUCUCCUCCAGUCAAUGCUUCCAGUGUGAUAGUGAUCCUUCUAAGAGAAUACGAUUAUGGAUUAUGCUUUACAAGGGUUGAACUUUGAGAUCUGCUUAGAGCUUUGUUAGCUGCAAUUCUUCUAUUCCAUAUGUCUUACUAAUGAAUCACCUUCAAUUUUUCUAUUGGUGAUAAAGCCAUCAGAAGAAAGGCAAAUUUUGUUACUGAUGAUAAAGCUAACCAAGGCAAGCUUGUCUCUACUUAAAUCCUUCUGCAUAUAUACGAUAGAAUAAUAUUUGGUUUGGAUAGUAACCAAUUUUCAAAUAAGUCCAUAUAGUUAAAAAAUUUGUAAUCUGUGUGGUUUUUUUUGUUGUGUGUGGAGGAAGGCAUUGUUACUGAAUUGAGAAUACAGCAUGGAACAAAGCAGAUUGGUUUCAUGGCUGUUAUGUUCACUUCUUCUGUUGAUGAUGGAGAUUUCUGCUGCUGUUCUUUCUCCUUCUGGCAUAAACUAUGAAGUUCUAGCUUUGAUGGCGAUAAAGAAUGAAUUGAAUGAUCCCACAAUGUCCUGGAGAAUUAGGAUAGUAAUUCUGUUGAUCCUUGCAGUUGGAGGAUGAUUACUUGUAACCUUGAUGGCUCUGUUUUAGUAUUGGAAUGCCUAGUCAGAACUUGUCUGGUACUCUAUCUCCUUGGGUUGGAAAGCUUACUAACUUACAAUCUGUGUAAGUUGUCUGGAUUUUCAUUAGCCUACAGCAAUUGGAAGCCUAGAAAAGCUUCAGACACUUUAUCUCUCCAAUAACAAUUUUAGUGGCGAGAUACCGAAUUCUUUGGGAGGCCUCAAGAACCUGAAUUAUUUACGGUUGAAUAAUAAUAGCCUUACAGGACCGUGUCCUCAGUCUUUAAGCAACAUAGAAGGUUUAACACUUGUAAACUUCUCCUACAAUAAUCUGAGUGGUUCCUUGCCAAGAAUACCAGCAAGAACAUUAAAGAUUGUCGGAAAUCCAUUAAUUUGUGGUCCGAAAUCCAACAACUGUUCUACUUUAUCGGAGCCAAUUUCCUUCCCUCCAAAUGCACUAAAAGGUUUGUAUUUGGAUAUACGUUCGGAUAGAUGACAACACUUGUGAUAUUCAUCGAAAAGAUAUUUAUUGCAGGUUAGCUUUCUGUAUGAAUGGUUGGUUGGUUUAUGCAUAUACAAUUUCUAAAGUGAGAUUUUUCUUUUCCUCAGUUGUGUCAUUUAUGGCUGCAUUAGGCUUCUUGCUAUAUGGAGGAAUGUGAGGUUUCUGCAUUGUCUUAUUUGAAUACUUGUCUCAUUUAAAUACUUGUAAUUAUUUCUUAAAUCACAACAAAUUUUGACUUGAGUCUUAAUUUGUCAUAUAUAAAUUACUCAUUUAAUAAGUAAAUCUCAGAAGAAUUUUUUCAUAUCAAUUUAGUUGUGACAUUAUAUUGCAGUUUGAAUCUAUCAUAGCUAUUUGUUUCACUUGUUUUCUGAUAAGGUGGGUUAUGGUGAGUGAUAACCAUUGUCUUAAUAUACAUGGACCAUAUAAAAUAAUGCAGUAUAUAUAGUAUAUUUGUUUAGUAGUUCAUAACCUUAAUUAGUCCCUUGUAAAUACAAGCUUUUUUCUUUAGUGGAUAUUAUAUAGACACAUCCCUUGUAAGGUUCAUUUAUCUUUCAGUACUGAUACUAGAUUGACAAACUUUAAGAUGUCUCCUUUAUGCUUAUCUUCCUAAUAAUUAGAACCUUAAUGGUGGAAAGCAAUCAUAUGUCUAGCUUGGCUAAUAAUUAGAACCCUAAUAGUUUCUUUCAUAUCUUUCAUUAUACAACUUGUUAGUUCUCUUAAUUCACCAUCUUCUCUAUUCUAUUGUGGCGUGUCACUGUUUAGGAAAAAAAUUAUGUGGAACAAGACAUGCAGAUUUUGGAAAUUUAAGUUAAACAUAUUUAGAUUAAAACAAUACAUGAUUAUUUAAUUACCAUUACUUGUGCUAUAUAAAUUAUUAAUUCUGUUUUUUAUAUGUUCUCAAUUCAGCAAUAUGGUGACAUUAGGUGACAGCAAUAUGUUUACAUGCAGUAUAUAAAGUCCUAAAUGACCACAUGAAUAUUCUUGGGAAUACUCUUGAAGAAAUUGCUGGUGAGAAGGCUGGUAUAUUUAAACUUUUACGGUGCCUCAGCCUGACGAAGCAAUGCUUGAAGAGAAGGCAAAAUGGUUUAAGAGUUGGUCUUGAUGAUCUUCCUCUCUUGUCAAACUUGAAUCUUAAUAGAUGCAAUAUUACCGACGACAGCUGUGAAAAAUUUUCACGUUCUAGUAGUGGUCAUCAUCAACAUCAACAUCAACAUCAUCAUCAUCAUCGUCAAGUAGUUGAAGAGGUUUUAGUGCAAAGGGUGAAGAAGGAGGAGGUUAAUGCAAAGAUAUCAGCAUGGCAGAACAACUGGAUUGCAAAGAUUAACAACAGAUUCAAGAGAGAAGAUGCUGUCAUCAAAGGCUGGGAGAGUGAGCAAGUUCAGAAGGCUACUUCUUGGAUGAAAAAAGUUGAGGUUUUCAGCUUUUAUCAAUAUCCAAGAAUCAAAAUAAGGUCAUGACUCAUGACAAAUGCUCUUACAACAUCUGUCAGCGAAAUAUUGCAGACUUUCGAAUAUACUUACCAACC